AUGAGAUUCCAAUUUUUAUUGGCACUUUUAUUGGUGCCUCGUUUUUGUCAAGGUUCAAGUAGUACGGUAGCUGUCUCAAGUACUGUAGCUUCAUCAGACUCUACUACAGUAGUUGUGAGCACUGUGGCCGGACAAACUGGUCAAACUACAAUUGCUCCAGGAAGUACUAUAACCGGGCAAACUGGUGGAUCAACAGUUUCUCCUGGAUCAACAGUAACCGGAGGAUCUACAGCAAGCGGAGGAAGUACGGUAGCUGAGAGUACUGUAGCACCAACCACUGAGCCUUUGAUUCUCUCAACUUUCCAAGUGAGCAAUGAUGCGACCUAUAAAGAUGCUCAAUUGAUUUUGCAACAAGCAACUUUGCUCAAUAAUCAGAUUGCGAGGUGAGUUUGGAAGGGGAUGUUUGGGAUCUACGGGUAAAAUAGCCCUGGAAAGUGGGAUUUUGGGUAAUGUUUGAGUGGAACAAAGUUCCCGAGCGCAAAAAAAGUUCCAGGCUUUUUUCUCUCCAAAAUUUUGAACUUGCGUCAAAAACGAAUACAGUAACUUGAAGCUAAAUUUUCCCAAAUUUUAGGCGCCAAAGUUUGAUCUACGGGAAAAUUGAAUGUUUCAGAGAUUUUUUGAUUUAACUUAACCUAUGAAAUUUGCAGCUACAGUAAUCUGAGAAACUUCAGAUUUUCAUGGUGUAUAGUAACCUAUCCUAGGUCAUGUCUAUCUACAGUAACUCAAAACUUGGAUUUCUCAGGCUUUUUCAAGUUUACAGUAACCUAUCUCGGGUUUUUGAGCUACAGUAAUCUAAAAAAGUCCUUUUUCCCUGAAAAAAACAUUCUAAUAUUCAUUAGAAUUGAGAGUUUCUGAUCUACAGUAAUCUACAGUACUGAAAAAAUAUACUGUAACUCAGAUACCUUUGCUUGAAAAAUGAAAAAUUCACAAGCUUUCCUAGAAAAACUCAAAAUAAGAUCUGAUCUACAGUACCCUACAGUACCCCUCAUCGAUUUUUCCAGUCUCAACGCUCAACUCAUCCAAGCUCAAAAAGACACCGACCCCCAAAACUCCCCGUUUUUCCCCCAACUCGCUUCAAUUUCUGCCAAUCUCACCGCCUCCAAUUCAACUCUUCAAUCAAACAUCGCGCAACUCGCCUCACUUCAAACGCAACAAGCCGCAGUUGAUGCGCGAAUUUCUGCGGCUUCCGGAACAUUCACUUGCUUUGCGGAAUCGAGUUGCGUCACAGAUGUUCCGACUACCGCAAUUCCUACAACUCCUGGAACAACGCAACCUGCGACAGCGUGUUCGCUAGGAAAUUUGACAUCUGUUCUGGAUACUGCUGGAAGCGUUAACCUUGACGCAACUUACGUAAGUUUUACAAAAUCAGAUUGCAAAAUCAACUAAGCUUCUCUGUUCGUUCAGAACACUGAUUGCUCAUUUGUCAUUGUUACUGGUGUUUCAACAAAUUCAUUGGCUCUCAAUGUUUCUGUCACAAUCACUGGAAAUGGAUAUUUGACUGUGACUGAAACUCGAACUGGAAUUACUACACUGUAAGUUGUGUUCGUAAAGUUAUGGGGAUCAUUUUGAGUCCAAACAUGACCAGGAAGGGUGCUGACGUGUUUUCGGUGCAUCCUAGAGCCUUAUGACGAUAAUUUUGAUACCAAAAAAAUCUAGUUUACUUGACUAUGUCUUUAUUGACGCAUUUUAAGUGCUGGCGCAUUUCUAGUGCAUCAUAGAAGCACUCCAUAUUUAUACUCAAAAUGUUCCUGAUCUCGAAUUUUCCAGUUUUAAUCAAUCAACCACCUCUCCCACUUCGAUAAAUGUGACAACCAGUGCAACCAUCAAAUAUUUCGCCGAUGCCUAUUCCUCAAUCGCCUUCUCGAUUUCCUACCUUGAAACCGCCACUUGCGAUUUGGUCUGUCAAAAUGGUGGAACUUGUCAAGUCUCACAAUCCGGACAGCAAUUCUGUCAGUGUCAAGCUUGCGCGUGGACUGGAACAGUUUGUGAAGGUGAGCACACGAGAAAUGCGCCAAGGGGUUUGCUGGCGUAUUUUUAGUAGGCAUGUUUGGUCUCAAAAUCAUUGCGCAUUUCCAGAACCCGUCAAUCCAUGCAAAACCAAACAAAAUCGAACUUGCGGUGGAACUUCGACUACACCAUAUGGUGUUUGCUACGUGUGAGUUCAAGAGAAGAUUCUAGGUAGAUUGAAAAAAAAUUUUUGCAGAAAUUCCUGCUUUGACUCAUGUUAUGCUUGUGAAUGUGUGAAAUCUUCGACAAGCCCUCAAAAAUGUGACACACCAGAUUCGUCAACUUGGGAUACACCAACACCACCAACAAUUCAACCAACUUGUGCACCAACUACCGUACUUUUCACCACUACAGUAGCCCAGAGCACUGCAACUGGGGGAAGUACUGUAACCGGUGGAAGUACUGCAACCGGCGCAACUGAUUCUACAGAAACUGGUGGAAGCACUACAGUUGGAUCGAGUACUGCAGCUGGAUCGAGUACUGUAGCUGCUGAUGGCUCGAGUACUGUACAAUCUACAGUAGCCCCCACUACUUCAACUGGAGGAGAAACACUUUAA